CCGCCGCGGGGCGAGGCAGGGGUGGCAGUGGCGGCGGUGGUGGCACUUCGCGGCACGGAGGAUGCGGCGGCGGUGGUGUCGGCAGCAGCAGGCGGAGGAGCGGGGAGCGAUGCGGUGCUGCGCGGCGGGGCCGUGGCCGCACAGCGCCCUCACCACCCUCCUGCUGACAGCUUUUUUGCUAAGCUCUGCUGAUGGCAAUAAUGGAACUGUUAACUGGACGACUAAGCGAGCCCACAGUUAUAUUAUCAGCAGAAUAAAGGCUGUUCAGAAGAAUGUGUACACGAUUCUGUCUAGGGUGCACUCUGAUCGGAAUGUAUACCCUUCUGCUGGAGUCCUGUUUGUUCAUGUUUUGGAGAGAGAGUACUUUAAGGGGGAAUUUCCUCCUUACCCAAAGCCUGGUGAAAUAAGUAAUGAUCCUAUAACAUUUAAUACCAAUUUAAUGGGUUACCCUGACAGACCUGGAUGGCUCCGCUAUAUACAAAGGACACCAUACAGUGAUGGAGUGUUAUAUGGCUCACCAACUGUUGAAAAUGUGGGCAAACCAACCAUCAUUGAGAUCACUGCGUACAACAGGCGUACCUUUGAGACAGCAAGGCAUAAUUUGAUCAUUAAUAUAAUGUCAGCAGAAGAUUUUCCUUUACCGUAUCAAGCGGAAUUCUUCAUAAGGAAUAUGAAUGUAGAAGAAAUGUUAGCAAGUGAAGUUCUUGGUGACUUCCUCGGAGCAGUGAAAAAUGUAUGGCAGCCAGAGCGCUUGAAUGCUAUAAACAUCACUUCAGCCCUUGACAGGGGAGGGAGAGUUCCACUUCCUAUUAAUGACAUGAAAGAGGGUGUGUAUGUGAUGGUUGGGGCAGAUGUUCCAUUCUCUUCCUGUUUACGAGAAGUGGAAAACCCACAAAAUCAGCUGAGGUGCAGUCAAGAAAUGGAGCCUGUAAUAACCUGUGAUAAAAAAUUUCGUACUCAAUUCCAUAUUGACUGGUGUAAAAUCUCUCUGGUUGACAACACAAAACAAGUUUCCACCUUUCAGGAAGUGAUUCGUGGAGAGGGAAUAUUACCUGAUGGUGGAGAAUACAAGCCACCUUCUGACACACUGAAAAGCAGAGACUAUUACUCGGAUUUCCUAAUUACACUGGCAGUGCCCUCGGCAAUAGCACUGGUGCUUUUUCUAAUCCUUGCCUAUAUCAUGUGCUGCCGACGGGAAGGAGUGGAAAAGAGAAACAUGCAAACACCAGACAUCCAGUUGGUCCACCACAGUGCUAUACAGAAAUCAACCAAAGAGCUUCGUGACAUGUCUAAAAACAGAGAGAUCGCGUGGCCUCUUUCAACGCUCCCCGUGUUUCACCCUGUGACUGGGGAGAUUGUCCCGCCCCUUCACACGGACAACUACGACAAUACCAGCAUGCCACUGAUGCAAACACAGCAGAACCUGCCACAUCAGACUCAGAUUCCACAGCAGCAGAGUGCAGGAGAAUUUCGUAUGACAACAUUUCAAAGAUUUGAGGUAAAUGGUAUUCCUGAGGAAAGAAAACUAACAGAAGCAAUGAAUUUGUAAUCAGAGAAGGCAGCAAAUUGUCUUACUUCCUUAUUUGUUCUGGUUGAUGCAUGAGUUUUUCUGGUGUAUAUUGUGCAUGCCCACAGUAUUACGAUGCUUUCAGUGCCAGAGAGUACAAUCACUUCCAUAUAACUAAUGUACUGUAUCCUUUUGUACUUUGGACAUUUUUGACAAUUUGUAAACACUGAUAACUUUUUAUAUUUGUUACAUUCAGAUAAUAAUCUUUCAUAUCUAUAUCUAUAUGUAUUAAUAAAUAUCAAGCUUUAUUCUGUCUUGUGAUCUCUCCUGAAAGUUUUAACAGGGAAAUCAAAACUUCAAAGGAUUUCAGAGUGUUUAAUGGGAUGAUAAAAUUGCCUUAUAUUUGCACAGGAAAAGCAGUAGUGAAUAAGCACAAAAACUUGUGCAAUAAGACGAGGCUCAGAAAUAGUACUGCACAUUUAUUAGGCAUUAAUUUUUUAGAGAAUAUCAAAGAUAAUGAGAAAAGUUAUUUUUUGAAAAAAAAAAAAAAAGAAAUAAAACCCCAAACAAAAUAACUAAAACUACUCCUGAUGAAAAUUGGAUUUCUGUUCUUUUACCAGAUAUUUACCGUAUUUGAAAACUUGUAAGCAAUAAAACAUUUAAAAUCUGUCCAUUCAUUCAUCUGCUUAUUUUACAAGAAACUGUUGCAAACUACUGUAGGCAGAAAUUAAUGUGUGCAAAUAAGAAAUGGUUAAUUUUGUUACUGUAUACUUGGACUAACUCUUCAAAAAAACUCUUCAAAAUUUUUUGUGAUGUUCGCAAUGAAGGUAAUUUUUUUGUAUCCUCCACGUUCUUUGUUCUUUUUGGAGUACAAAGAGUUGUCGGAGAACAAGCUAUCUAAUAAACCAUAAAAAGGAGUUGAUUUAAGACAUACUUUCCUGGGAGGUGGUUACUUUGAGAGGCAUUUGUCCCUGCAGCUGAAAGCUUAAAAAUAUGGACUUUGGUAAAAGGAUCUGUACUGAGGUUUCCAUAUUUUUCAAUAGACAGUGAUAAUUUAUCUCCUGACACUUUUCACAAGAUUUUAAAUGAGUUUCUGAUGCUUCUUUAAAUCUUCAAAUACAGCAUAACACAGGACUUCAGGGUCUGCAGCUGUAACAGCUCACACCAACAUUUCUUGGGGUUUUACCUCAAAGCAUUGUAUUGUUUUAAGCUGACACUUACGCUUUGUCUUUUUUUCUGUAAUAUUUUCUCUUUCAGAAGCUGUAUGCUCAUCAGGACAUUGCAUUGUAAGCAGAAAACUGCGUCUGCUUUAAAAUUACUAAAUGCUGGCUACAUUUCCUUAGCUGAGGUUUGUGGGGUCUCUGCUAAGAGAAAUUUGAGUAAUUCUGGAAUUUAAAACUGAGGAUAAAAGGAAUUUGUAAAAUGAGGUUAUUAGAAUUUGUAAAAAGUCCAAAGUAGUCACUUUUGGUUCUGCUUUUUUUUUCUUUUUACAGUUAUGACCCUGUUCUGUCAAAACAAAAACUUAUUUUAAUUUUUAAGCAAAUGUGUUUAUAGGCUCGAACUUGAAUGCAGCAUCUCAGCAGAUAGUUAGAACAAGUCCUGAGCUGCUUUUUAGACAAAUUUUGUGCAACAAGUAUGAUAACUCUUGCAGCAAAGUAUAUAAUCAGUGCUCAGUACAUAGUACAUACUUGUGUAUUGUCAAACCUCCAAUGUCAGUUUGCAAAGCUGCCCUGAAUGCUCAGCACAGCCCACAGAACUUGGUAGCAAAUGCAUAGGAAUUCCAUAGGAAUCCCGCUGGUGGUUGUUAGACCAGGAGAGGUAGCUCAAGCUACAGGCAUUAAAGUUGAAAAAUUAAGGCAGUUUCUGAAACAGUUGGAAUAAAGAGCCAUUCCUACUCACUUUCAAAGUGACAUCCAUCACACCUUGCUAACUCAUCCAAAAGGUACCAGGGAAGACUUCCCCAGUCAAUCAGCUUCUUCAGAGACAACCCCACCCCCAACUUCCUUUCCAGCAGCUUGCAUGGUUAGCAGGGAAAAGUGAAUCACAAAACUGCACACUGAGGCUUAUAGUAAAUUAGACAUUUCCAUCUUUUACUCAAGCUGUGAAAAAAAAAGAGUACAAUCAGCAUUUGGUUUCUGUUAGUGUAUACUACUGUUUUCAAAUGUAUGAGCUGCCAGUGUUUUGAAACUGAAAUGAAUGGAAUGGAUUUUAAAUAAUGAUUUUUAAUGCAACCUAAGACUGAACUUUGUAAAUAGUAUUGGGUUUGGAUCAUAACGAUUUCUGGUAACUCGAGGAUGACAUGACAAUCAAUAAACUAACAGUUGAGCUGCUCCCACAUUAUUUGUAUUAAUGUAACAGUGCCAAUAUAUUUAAGGAAAUGUCUCACACUGUUAUGUACAUGCAUAAAAAAUUAGUUUGUAGCAGUGGAGGUUCCACCUGUUUUGAAAAGAAUCUGAUGAUGUAGGUGACUUGGGUAUUAACCAUACCUGACCUAUUUUAUGACUGAAAGCUUCAUUUAUCAGAGGUAAGUUUAAUAACAAAUUAUUUAUUUUUACUUAUUAAAACAAUUACUCUGAAAGCAUAGAUUUAUAAAGCUGGUUAAAGACACUUAAUGGCUAAAGAAUUAAUUAAGACAGUAAAUUCACAGCCUCUUUUAACCUAUGAUGGCAGUAUGAACUGAUAUUAUAUUGAUUAAGUUGCAAUCAAAUUAAAUAGAAAGCCCUGCCGCUGUCUUUGUACAUAUCUGAAAUGUAAAAUCUAAUAAAUAGGAAAACAUGAAGGA